AUGGGUUGGCUAUCUUUUGGGUCAAAGAAUGAUUCGAGUCAGCUGUCGAUUGUAAAUGGUUCUGCAGUUCCUUCAACUGGUCAAAUAUUGCAACGUUCGCAUCAAAAGUUGACAUCGUCUGAAUCAGAUAUAGAAACUACGUUGAAUCAGUUAAAAGCCAAAUCUACAAGUCCAGAUAUAAAAGUAGAGUCGGUAAAUGGGAAGAUUAAAAGUAGUUCAGAUAUAAACCAUACUAUUGCCGACUUUAUCAAUCAGUAUCCCGUAAAUAACAUGUUUGAAAUUGAUGGUGAAAAGGAUAGAAACGAGAGUAUUAUAUGUACAUCUAAUGAUCAAGGCGGCAAGACAUGCCUCAAGUUGAAAAUAAACUCAAUCGAAUUGUUUAGGUGUAUGCAAAAAUUAGAAUAUUUUUGCUCUUUGCCUAAUGAUAUCAAUGCUACUUAUUUCGAAUGUAGAAAAAUCCAGUAA